UUGAAAUGAAUACGCGUGUGGGCUCACACUCAUCAGUCUCUUCUUCAUGUAGGUUUGGGAAAGGAAGCUGCCUGGAAACCGUACGUUCCAUAUAGUGAGCUAGCUGAAAGUGCAUCCUCUGCUUUUCCCCUUGCUUACUUCCCUCACCCACGAGUUUUAAAAGCUAAGAGAGAGGGAACGCUGUUUAGGGUGGUAGGUGUGCUAAUUAUGGCUGCGUUAAUGAAGAUGGUGGAUGUUGCUCUGGUUCUCCUGAUCUCCCUGAGCCUUGGAGGGAACUGGGUCGAAGCCCAAGUGCACCAUGUGGUCGGAGACGACCGCGGCUGGGACCCAUCUUCCGGCGUCUCUUCUUGGUCCUCCGCAAGAAACUUCAGGGUCGGAGACAAAAUCUGGUUUACGUACUCUUCAUCACGGGAAAGCAUCGCUGAGCUGAAAAACAAGGAAGAAUUCGAGAAGUGCGAUGUAAGCAACCCUAUCAGAAUGUACACGGACGGCUUGGAUAGCAUCUCACUGGAUGAGAAAGGGUUCCGUUACUUCGCGAGCAGUAACCCCGAGAGUUGCAAGAACGGGCUGAAGUUACACGUUGAGGUGCUGCCUCAGGAAGAACCUGAAAUCCCAAAAGUAGCUACAUCGGAGGGCUCCGUUCUAGAUGUAGCUGAUGGGCCCACAAUCCCUUCUAGCUCGGCCCAUCUUGUUGGAAGCUUUAUCCUCUUGGCCUUCGGAUUUCUUUGCUGCUAUGUUGUUUGAUGGGGGGACACCCUAAAAUGUGAAAAUAGAAAAGAAAUGACUAUUUGUCGUUUCGGUAUGUUUUAACUUUUAAAAUUAGGACUACUUCGGAGUUUCUAUCUACAGUCAGUUUGAUUCUUGCUUUAUUAUGGAUUAAGGAAAUUAUAAGAACUUUGAGCUUUAAGAGCUUGCAAUUGUUGUUAA